AUGUUCUUUGACCGACGUAGGCUGAAAGUAGAUAUGUUCUUUGACCGACGUAGGCUGAAAGUAAAUAUGUUCUUUGACCAACAUAGGCUGAAAGUAGAUGCGUUCUUUGACCAACGUAGGCUGAAAGUAGAUAUGUUCUUUGAGCGACGUAGGCUGAAAGUAGAUAUGUUCUUUGACCGACGUAGACUGAAAGUAGAUAUGUUCUUUGACCGACGUAGGCUGAAAGUAGAUAUGUUCUUUGACCGACGUAGGCUGAAACUAGAUAUGUUCUUUGACCGACGUAGACUGAAAGUAGAUAUGUUCUUUGACCGACGUAGGCUGAAAGUAGAUAUGUUCUUUGACCGACGUAGGCUGGAAGUAGAUAUGUUCUUUGACCGACGUAGGCUGAAGAUAAAUAUGUUUUUUGACCGACGCAGGCUGAAAGUAGAUAUGCUCUUUGACCGACGUAGGCUGAAAGUAAAUAUGUUCUUUGACCGACGUAGGCUGAAAGUAGAUAUGUUUUUUGACCGAUGUAGGCUGAAAGUAGAUAUGUUUUUUGACCGACGUAGGCUGAAAGCAGAUAUGUUCUUUGAGCGCCGUAGGCUGAAAGUAGAUAUGUUCAUCUGA